AUGAUUGAGGUCUUGCCUGAUGUUUUUCGGCCGGCUAUCUCCAGCAUUUGGAGACUACCACCGUCCAGCUCUGCGAAGCCGAACAGACCCUCCAGCGACCCAGACCCUUUAGUGCCCCUGGACGUUACGGCUUUCGGUUCUCAGCGUCACCCUCGCGAGAUCUUCUACAGCAUUCUCGUCGACCGCUUUGCAAACGGCGACAUCAGCAACGACCAGAGCAACAUCCCGGACUUCCAGCGUGACGAGCUGAAGAAGGGAGAGCCAUGGUCGUUAGCUCGUUGGCGCCACGGCGGAGACUUCCACGGCAUUCAGGCACGCCUGGGUUACCUACGCGAUCUUGGGAUCACCACACUGGCACUGUCUCCCAUCUUCCUGAACAGCGCUGGCGAUUACCACGGGAAAUGCACGACAGAUAUCACUACAAUCGACUCCAACUUCGGCAAUACCGAGCUUCUGCGAGAGCUGGUGCACGAUGCGCAUAUGUUGGGCAUCAAGGUGGUCCUCGACGUGCAAGUGAACCACGUCUGCGGACGAGGUCUCAAGUACCUCGGCUCCACCGGUAGCGUCGAUGGCGUCAACCUCUGCGUGGCUUCGUCCGAGUCGACCUACUGGUCGUCCGAACGGGGGGAGCCCCUCGAGGAGUCGGUCCGCCAGCGACUAGGCUGGGGCGACUCCCUGCCCGCGUUUCUGCGCCAUCAGUCCUUCUUCGUUCGCUGUGGCUCCUCCCUUCUCUACAGGCCUGGGGGCCGAGAUUUCACCGCUCUGCCGAUGGACCUGAAUGCCACUGAAGUCGAGGGCGGUCUGCUCUUCACGGAGAUUUUUCAGGACGAUUACUUCGAGCUCAACACCAUGAAUCCCGUCCUCCAGGAGCUGUACACCAACCUAUUGAAGUAUUGGAUUGCCGAACUGGACAUCGACGGCUACCGCAUCACUGCAGCCUCGCACAUCACCGCAGAUUUCUCGGCGUACCUGUCCACGCACCUCCGGUUCUACGCCCAUGCCCUCGGAAAGGAGAACUUCUUCGUGGUGGGAGAAGUCAAUCAGGCCACCACUCCUCACGGCGAAAACUACAUCGGAAGAGUCCAAGGGGGUGCCGGACCAACGACACUACCUCAGAAGGUCCAGGGGACCCUGGAGGAACUCUGCCAGUACUACAGCGCGCUGCCCUCUCAGGAACCGGGUUUCCUCUCCACGUAUCCACUGCAGGAGAUCUACCAGCUUCGUGACACUUGUCUGGGCAAUGGCUGGAAUGCCAUGGACCUCUACCAGCAGCCCGGGGCUGCGCGCGCCGUGAAGAAAGCUCGGGGAGUGCUCGAGGCCCAGGGCAACAUGCGGCUCUCCAUGGCCGGUGUCGAGUCUCAGAGCUUCCGGAAGCUUCUGUCAUACGGACAGGGCGAUGAGCUUUGGCGCCUUCUCGUAGCGACAGGUUGGAGUUUCACAUGGUAUGGCAUCCCCGACAUCGCGAACGGGGUGGAGCAGGGACUCAAUGGACUUUGCUAUCGAGAUGCAGCCGGGCGGUCCUCGCUGAGUAAAAAGAUGGUCGACAGCGGCAUGGAACGCAGUGUGGUGGAUAGCAUCCUCAGCAGUUGCGACUACCAGACGUUGGGCGACCGUGCUGAUAGCGGCUUUUGGCACCAGGAUAUGUUCCUUGGAGGGCCCCUGGUGCUGGGCUCCGCGGUGCAGAGCGUCAACGAUCAGACUGGCCUGCGUGGGCAUUUGAUGGGCGCCUCCGGGCCUCAUUGGUGCGAAGAUCCGGUGCUCAGCCGCGACAACGAGGCAUUCCGGCUGGUCCGGGCACUCUCGCGCAUCCGACGCUCUUGCUAUGCGCUGCGCACAGACGUUGAUGUAGCAGCAGCGACAACCAUGGGGGGCGAAUCGCAGCUAGCUUACUGGAAGAUGCACGACGGCCGCGAGGAUAUGCUCUCCGCCGACCAGCCAAUGGGAAUGUUUGUUGUCCUCAGCGUUGCAGGCGAACCUCACAGGAACGCAAGCAAGUAUCUGCUGCCACAAGAGCUGCCUUACAGGGAAGGACAGGCCUUCAUUGACAUCCUCCGGCCCGAAAGACUUGCUGCGGUGAUCACGGAGAGCAACCGAUCCUACCUGCUGGUGCCCGCGGAAAUGAAGAGGACCAACGUCGCCAUCUUCGCUCCAGUGGAAACUGUCAUGGAGGAUGUGUCCGGCAGCGACUGGCUUGUGUGCAAAGGUGCGAACCUUCCACCGUUGCACAACAGCUGCGCUCAGACGGUGCGGUCGGACAUGUGGCUGACGACCGGGCUUGUGGUAGCAUGGACUGUGCUUUGCAUCGGCUUGCUGGCGUGGAACUACCAGACCCGGAUCUACCUCAGCAUCGUCAAGGAGGCAACAAGACCCAACAUCAUGCAGAUCCAAGGCACCCGGGUGGUCCCGAAACAUGUGAUCUGCGCAGCCAUUGAGCACACGAUUCCUGAACGCGGUGUCAAGGUCAGCGCGGGAGGCCUCGGUAAAGUCCUGGAUCAGAUGCUGCGAGAGCACCCUGAGGGCACGCUGAGUCUGGUGCACCCGAUGUUCGGAGACGUUGACUACGGCCCUCUCGAGGAGUUCGACACGCUCGCCUGCGUGGUUGAUGGGAAACCUCAAUCGAUCAAGGUCUACACGAUGCAGAGCGAGGAGAACGGCAUCACCCGCGCUUGGUACAUCCUGGAUCAUGAGUACUUCAAAGAGAAAGUCAAGACCCAGCCGUAUCCCGCCUCGAUGACCAAAGUGAGGACUCUUCGAUAUUUCUCCUUGUGGAACCAGGCGACGGCUCUACUCAUCAAGAGGUUGAAGCCUGACAUCUACCACUGCAUGGACUACCACGCUGCGUUGGCGCCACUCUACCUCGAGGCCAACGAGCAGAUACCAAUCAUCCUGGUGCUGCACAACGCGGACUACAUGGGGGUCAUUGAGACGGACUUCAUCAGCGAUCGCUUUUGGAAGACCGUGACGUCGCUGCGGCGGCUGAGCUUGAUCUUCAACCUCCAGGUCUCGACGCUGAGACGAUAUUGCAUGUUCGAGGGCCGGUUCAACAUGCUCAAAGCCGGCGUGACGUACAUCAAGCAGACUCAGGCUGGCUAUGGCAUUUGUGCUGUGUCCGAGAACUAUGCAGUGGAGCUGAAGCGCGAGCGCACGCUUUUCGAUGGGCUGCCUUACCUCAUCAGCCUGGACAAUGCAACGGAUCCGGCAAAGGAUGCGGACAAAGUGACCAUCGAGUUUCUGCGGAAGAGCCGCUACGAGGCCAAAGUGGAGCUCCAGAAAGCCUGCGGCUUGAACGAAGACAAGGGCGCCAAGAUCUUGAUCUUCAUUGGCCGUUGGGUGAAGCAGAAGGGUGUGGACCACAUUGCCAUGCUGACCCCAGCCUUCCUCCGCAGCAACCCACAGGUCCAAGUGAUCUUAGCUGGACCUCCAGAUGAUGCAUGUGGUCGCUAUGCAGGGACGCUUCUGGAGCAGCUGGGUAACUUGCCGGGGCAGAUGAGGGAAACAAAAGCCGAGACGCCCAACGUCGUUGUGACCCCGGCACAGGAGACUUCUGGCGAAGCGAAGCCCGCGGCUGAGGAACCGAAGACGGAGGAAAACGCCGCACCGGAGGCAGCCAAGAAGGAAGAGGAUGCGAAAACUGUGGAGGGAGCUGCUGCACCGACUGCGGAGGAAGCCCCGGCGGCCGAGGCCGCGGCUCCGGCAGAGGAGGAGCGAAAAGAGUAUCCCGAAUCCGGAGCGAUCAUCACACAAAAUGGAAUCGAUUAA